AUGUGCUCAUUCAAAGUCGCUUUCGCCGUGAUCGCCCUCACUGCUGUUGUGAUGGCAGCUCCUGGAGGAAGAUCUGGUCAACAAGGAGGAGGCAGCCAGGGAGGACAACAAGGAGGACAACAAGGAGGGCAGCAAGGAGGACAGCAAGGAGGACAACAAGGAGGACAACAAGGAGGACAACAAGGAGGACAACAAGGAGGGCAGCAAGGAGGACAACAAGGAGGACAGCAAGGAGGACAGCAAGGAGGACAAGGUGGAUUCGACGGAAACCAGGGAGGCUUCGGAGGACGCGGAGGACAGGGAGGUCAACAGGGACCACCACCACCGCCAUUCCUCCAGAACGUCACCGAAGAAGGACGUGAGGCAUUCUUCGCCAUCGUCUCCAACUCCUCGCUCACCAUCUCCGAGAUCGAGUCCCAAUCCGCCACCUGGGCCACCACCUAUGGAGUCUCUGUAAUCCCCCGAAACAUUCAAUUCGGCUUUUCAUUUUUCAUUUCAGGAGGAGUACGAAGCCUUCACCGCUAACGUGACCGCUCAACUUGCCGAGUUGAAGCAGAAUGUGACCACCGUCAUCAGCAAUCUUUCCUCCGUCCUUAGCUCCUUGGAAACCAUCCUUGACAACAAGGAUCAGACCGUUGCCGCCCAAAAGGAAGCCAUUGAGGCUCUCAGACAGGAGUCCCCAGUUGUACGUCACCUCUGAUUCUUCCCUGCUUCAACUUUUUAUCUUCAGGAGGUCGCCGCUCUCUUCUUCAUUGCCCAGCAGUCGGCUCCAAGACCGCAAAGACCUGACGGACAGAGCGGAGAGGUCACCGGAGAGCCAGACUUCUCCGACUUCUCCUCUACCACCGUUUCCGCAUAA